GUUUGUCUUUGGGUGCAAGACCAAUAUUUAGAGGGUACGAGAAAUAAACCCCAAAACCCUAAACCAAUUCUCAUCGUCUUCCUCCUCCCUCCGGCAGCUGCAACUCCGCCAUAUCCACUCUCCGGCAGCGCUUCCAUACAUCAGGCCCCCCAAUUCCUCUUUCGCCUUCCCAAACAUUCGGGGCAGUAUUCUAAUUCUACUCUGCAGAGAAUGACGACUCGAAUAGCUCCGGGAGUAGGAGCCAACUUGCUGGGCCAACAUUCUGCCGAGAGAAACCAAGACGCCACUGCCUACGUCGGCAAUCUGGACCCUCAGGUUUCCGAAGAAUUGCUGUGGGAGUUGUUUGUUCAAGCUGGCCCUGUUGUGAAUGUGUAUGUUCCCAAGGAUAGAGUGACAAACCUUCAUCAAGGAUAUGGAUUUGUUGAAUUCCGUAGUGAAGAGGACGCUGAUUACGCAAUCAAGGUGCUUAAUAUGAUCAAACUUUACGGCAAACCAAUACGUGUAAAUAAGGCAUCCCAAGACAAAAAGAGCUUGGAUGUAGGGGCAAACCUUUUCGUUGGAAAUCUCGAUCCUGAUGUGGAUGAGAAGCUUCUCUAUGAUACAUUCAGUGCAUUUGGAGUCAUAGUUACAAAUCCAAAGAUAAUGAGAGACCCUGAUACUGGAAAUUCCCGUGGAUUUGGCUUCAUUAGUUAUGAUUCUUUUGAGGCAUCUGAUGCAGCUAUUGAGGCAAUGAAUGGCCAGUAUCUGUGCAAUCGUCAAAUAACAGUGUCAUAUGCCUAUAAGAAGGAUACUAGAGGAGAGCGUCAUGGUACUCCAGCAGAGAGAGUUUUGGCUGCAAGCAAUCCUACUUCAAAAAGCCGGCCUCAUACGCUGUUUGCUAGUGGUCCUCCAACACUUGCCAAUGGUCCUCAGUCCAAUGGUACCAUGGGUGCUCCUGUGCCUCCACGACCUUUCGCAAAUGGUGGUCUUGGUAUUCCUCCUCUUCGCCCACCACCCCCGCAAGGCAUGGCUUUCCCACCGAUGCAGAUGGCUGUACAACCAACCUGGCAAGGUCAGCCACAGCAACCAGGUCAAAUGCCUCCACCUCAAAUGCAGCAAUUCAGACCACCGCCAAACAUGCCGCCACCUCCUCCACAGUCCGCUCCGGCUCCUCCAAGGUCACUUCCGCCACCUAUGGCUAUGGGAAACCAACAACCUAUGUGGCGACCGCCCCCUCCCCCUCAAAUGAGGCCACCCAACAUGCAACACGGGUCAAUGCCCCCACCUCCGCCUCUCAAUAACCCUCUGCCACCGCCCCCUAUGAAUUGACUUACCCGAACAAUUUGGUUGUAGAAUCUGUACUUCGGAAAUUUUAGGACAAGAAUGUUGAGGUGAUUACUGAUUGUUAGAGUCAGCUACUUCAUUUUGUAAGAGUGAUUUGAGAAUAUGCUUCCCUUUGUUUCUUCUUAUUCAAGAGGUAAUCGUUCAGUUGACCUACGUGACAA